AUGUUGUCGGUUGUGCUCAGUACGACCACGAUAACAAUGAACAGAGGCGAGCAGGAAAAUCUCUUUCGGCAGUCACGAAAUUUAAGGCUGCAGCAGGAAGAGAAAAAUCAGCUUCAAUUACACCAACAACAACAGCAGCAGCAAUAUCUGAACAAACCACGUCACUUUUCGUAUGGUAACAUCCACCAGGUCAGUAACCUUCAUAUGCAAGCCUCCAACUCGCGAUCGUUCGGCGAUGAUCGCGGCAGCGGCAGCCACCAGUUUGCGGGGGUUGCGUGCGACGACCUGGUGCUUAGUGUGCUCAAAUCUCCCGUUAAGGAGACAACAAAUCUGCUCAGUAGCAGCAGCAUCUGCGGUCAGAUCGUAUCGGCCAGCCCAAGUGCCGGUAGCAAUGGCCUCGGAAACACCGGAACGGGAACGGCGACCACUCAGUCACCAAGUCCCUGUGCCGGCUAUCAGGCACUGCACGGAUCGGAAGAUGAAAUGAUCGACGAUAUCGAAUCGGCGAUGGAAACGACCGAGCUGAAUGCCGUUAAGAUGACGGCGGAACCGUCUUCCUCCCCACGGGCACUGAAGUUCCUGCGUCGGUUUCGAACGGGUAAGCUGGGUCGCUUUGAGCCGCAUCAUAGACGCGUUCCGACGCCCAUCCGGCGUAAGAAUCGCAGCCGUUCGCGGUCCCGUUCCAAUGCGGACAUCCUGGACGGUGUGACAACCGGAGAUGAUCCUUGCGACGUGCUGCCGGGGGACGACCCUUGCGACGAUGGUGGCGAAGUAGCUCCCAUGUCGCAGAAAAUUGGCGUCCCAGAUCCGUACUAUCCUAUUGCACUGCCGAUCGAUCAAGCGUUCAAAGCCAAAUAUGUUUUCCACCACCGGCGAGGCAAAACGGUGCAGGAGCGGUUCUACGUAUUCCUGGAGCACCCGGUCGGCUGGCUGUGCUUUAUAUAUCAUACUUCCGUAUUCAUGCUCGUGCUAGUGUGUUUGAUAUUUAGCGUGCUGUCGACGAUAGACGAGUACAGUAAGUUCGCGAACGAGACCUUAUUCUGGAUGGAGAUCUGCCUGGUGGUGUUCUUCGGCGUGGAAUACCUGGUGCGGCUGUGGUCCGCCGGCUGUCGGUCCAAGUAUAUGGGCUUCUGCGGCCGGUUGCGGUUCAUUCGCAAGCCGAUAUGUAUUAUAGAUUUAAUCGUAGUAGUAGCAUCUAUGGUUGUGCUGUCAGUUGGCUCAAAUGGACAAGUGUUCGCCACCAGUGCGAUCCGGGGCAUCCGUUUUCUGCAGAUCCUCCGGAUGCUGCACGUGGACCGGCAGGGCGGCACCUGGCGGCUGCUCGGCUCCGUCGUCUUCAUUCAUCGGCAGGAAUUGAUAACGACGCUGUACAUCGGUUUCCUGGGGCUAAUAUUUAGCUCCUACUUUGUGUUUCUGGCCGAGAAGGAUAUCACCAGCCCGGACGGGCGGCAACCGUUCGCCAGCUACGCGGACGCCCUCUGGUGGGGUGUCAUCACGGUGACAACGAUUGGCUACGGUGACACGGUGCCCCAGACGUGGAUGGGCAAAAUCGUGGCGUCGUGCUUCAGUGUGUUUGCAAUCUCAUUCUUCGCACUUCCGGCGGGCAUCCUCGGGUCCGGUUUCGCACUCAAGGUUCAACAAAAGCAGCGCCAGAAGCACUUCAACCGCCAGAUUCCGGCGGCAGCCAUGCUGAUACAGUGCCUCUGGCGCUGCUACGCCGCCGACAAGAGCUUCCACUCGGACGCGACUUGGCAGAUCUACGUCAAGUCCGACGAUCAGAAUGCCAACAGCUCAAACAUCAGCGCCGCCCUACCCUCGCAGCUGGGCAAAGUGAGUGCGUUGAUUAGCGGUACCCUAAUGGUACAGGUGGCGAGACGCGGUGCCUCGGUGCUGAAGCGGAGGAAAUCCCGAAACCGGAUGGAGGUCCCGGGUCUGAAGAACGCUGCGCUGGCGUCAGCGGUAACUUCAUCGGGCGGACAAGGCAACAACUCCGGUGGUGCCGGAUCGGCGGCGACGGCGGCCAUGCCCUCGGGAGUCGGUGGAACGGCCACCGGCGGCGGAGGGACCUGUAGUGGACCGCCGGGUACUCCCGGGGUGGGUGCUAGUACCUCGGCAGCGGGCAGCGAAAAUACUCUCGGGACGCCAAUUACUCCCGCGGCCGAGUCGCACCUUUCCAAGAGCGAAUCCGACGGGGAUGUUGUGUUCUACAUGGAGGAACCGAGGGCGGCAGGUACACCGUCCCGAACGAGGCGCAACGACCCGAACCGGGGCGCUUUCGUGAGUCAGAACAGUUCCGUCACGGAGGCACCGAGCGAUGAGGUAGAGGCAGAACCGGAACCAGAUGACGAACCGGAACCGGCUCGGGUGACGCAGCUUACGGAGGCUCACCGGAAUGCGAUACGGGCGAUCCGGAAGAUCAAGUACUUCGUCGCGCGGCGUAAGUUCCAGCAGGCGCGCAAACCGUACGACGUACGGGACGUGAUCGAGCAGUACUCGCAGGGCCACCUGAACAUGAUGGUCCGCAUCAAGGAGCUCCAGCGUCGGUUGGAUCAGACCCUGGGCAAACCGGGCAGCUAUCUGGCCGGGAUCGACCGGGUCGGCAACAUCAAACCGAUGACCGUCGGAGCGCGGUUGUACCGCGUCGAACAGCAACUAUCUGUGAUGGAUAAGAAAUUAGAUCAAUUAACCCACGCCAUUAACUCAAUGACCAUGCAGCAGAAGAUGAUAUUACCCCCCAUGCAACCGCCAAUGUUCCACGCAGCUCCGCAGACCCAGCAGCAGCAGCACCUGCAGCAAAUGGCCGUCCUCGGUUGUUUGCCUCCGCUGCAGUUGCCCCCGGCUCCCUCGCAAGCGAACUCGCCAACGCCGACCAAGUGCAUCGAAGACGAUGUGUAA